GUGAAACAUCUUAUGUUUGUGCUGCACCUGCUAACGAUUGUUCCAGUAUUGCACCCAGAAGUAUCCCAAGAAUACCCAGUAUACCCAGUGGUGGCAGCCCCCGGAAGUAACAUCACCCUCAGCUGUUUUUUUCCACGCAGUGAAACUGACCUACUCUUCAAUCUAAUAGUGGUCUGGGUGCAUGGUGAUGACAUGGUGCAGUCAGCUGUCAGUCAGCUGUCCCCAGACCAGCUGGCUGUAGGCGAUGCCUCACUCAGGCUAACGGGGGUGCGAGCGAGCGACCACGGCAUGUACACGUGCGAUGUGGCCAAUGAGCAGGGCAGGAGCAAGAAGCAGAUUUUUCUCGCAGUAGCAGCUGCAUAUAGGGAACCUGAGCUUGCCAGCCAGACCACCUGCGACAGCAUCAUCCUCACCUUCCUCUCCACCCUGGGCUUCCCUCAGCCCACUGUGCUGUGGAGAACCAAGACAGGAAGUGACAUCACCAACCGGAGCAACACCACUAUGGUCCUGAAAGAAGGGGGAAAACAUUAUGAGGUGGUGAGCGAGAUGGUGCUGAAGCAGAGUGACCCACACAAUUGGACGGUCACAUUUGAGAUGAGGCUGGAGCUCCUCAACCAGAGCUUCUCCCGCUCUGUCAGCCUCCGCCCACUCCCAGAUUGCUGUGGGACGUCAGUGGAACCCAGGAACAGACUGUUUCUGCUUGUACCACUAUUAGCUAUAUCAUUAGUGGUACUGGCUUGCUUAACCAUUGUUGUCUUCUGGUACAAGAACAGCCUGUCACAUGCACCUGACGUUCCCCUUGGAACAGAACCGGUUGCAGAGGAAGAAGAAAGCUUGUGAAGGCAAAGCAGGCGUUUGUCUCAAAUGAACCCCUGCGUCUGCUCCAAGACCGGUCUCCUGCCCCUGCCCCGUGUCUGCUCCAAGACGCGUCUCCUGCAAGGGCGGUUCUAAAGGGGUGGCCGGGGUGGCACCCCUUGUAAAGUUUGAGUUUGUUCUGUCUGUGUUAGUGUUUAUUAUUGUUUAUUCUUGUUACUUAUUGAGUAGUUAUUCAUAUUUAUGCACCUCUGGUUAUUGUUUCCCAUUAAAGUUAUUGCAUUCAUGAUCCCCUGUUAAUCCCCUGUCUGCCUGCUUCCCUAUUCGGGUGGUUUCGGUAGUUUUGAACCUUUCUUCCAGCCUCGCAUUCCUUACUUCUGGCUUCUCUCGAUAGUAAGAAUAGUGCUUUACAGCAUUUAACUAUCUCCUACUAAUUUAGACACUGUACAGUUGUUUGUUUGUUUAUUUUAAAAAAAUAAAAAAAGGCCCUGGUCCUUA